AUGCACUUCAAACAGAUCACUCUUAUGAGUCUUGCUAUUGCAUUCGCAACAGCAUCUCCUAUCCAGGCCAACCCUAAAGAGUUGGAUGCUCGCGAACACAACAAAGGUCGAUACAUCAACCCCCAAGACCCGAAGUUGAGCCUUGACGAGCAGUGUAUGUGGAAGGCCACUAAUCUGUUCAACUAUUGGAAUGUUGUAAUCAACGAUGCCAGCGAUUUCACCGAUGAUACGUGCGGUUCUGGAUUCCUCGACAAUAUCAACGGCCGCGGCUGCGCGGUGACAGGCUGGGCUUGCAACUAUGCCAAGGACGGCAAGACGAUGAACGCCGGCUUCAAGGCACCAACUACUUGUACCCAUGUUGAUAUGAACAACGCUAUCAAGGCAGCGUUUGGCGGAAAGAAAGUGGGGUGUGCCAACUACGAGAAGGUGUGA